CUUUGGCAAUGGCUGGCCAUGGUAAUAUCAAUACCUUAACAUUGGUUUCUACAGCAUGAACAACGUACUGGAGUUGGACAAACUUAAAUCGACGCUUACAGCCUUCCUGGCAGAUAGUGCAGAGAGUGACAGUGGCCCAGUAGUCUCGCUACGGAGCAUCGGUGGAGGCUGCAUCAACGACGCUUUUGAAGCCAAAACGACUUCAGGCAGGAGCUACUUUGUCAAAGCCCACAUGGCUGGUCCGAAAAUGAGCAAGGCGCAGUGCCUAGCUAUGUUCGCCGCCGAGCACAAGGGGCUGGCAGCUUUGAGGGCAACCGGCACCUUCAAAGUUCCGGCUCCAAUCGGAGUCGGUGGGAUCUCCGACGGUGCUUUCCUUGUCACCGAAUACGUACCUAUGCAGCCGCUUCGUAACCAACAGCGGAUGGGCGAACAACUAGCGCAUUUGCAUUUGGCAAAGGGGCCGAGCAGAUUUGGAUUUGAGGUCGACAACUUGAUUGGCAGCACACCCCAACCCAAUACGUGGAACGAUGACUGGGUCGAGUUCCUCAGAAUGCGCCUGGAGUUUCAGUUCUCGCUGGCAAGAUUCACAGGCGUUGUUGCUGCGCUUAGCAACAAGCUGCUCGCGAGGUUGCCUGAGUACUUCUCGGGAAUCACUAUCACCCCUGCGCUCAUCCAUGGUGACCUUUGGAGCGGAAACUGUGCUGCUGAUGAGGCAGGCGAGCCUGUGAUCUUCGAUCCAGCUACAGUCUGGGGUCACAACGAGGCUGAGCUCGGCAUCAUGCGCAUGUUCGGUGGGUUCGGUCCUGAGUGCUUUAAUGCGUACCAUGCGAUCAUUCCCAAGGCCCCGGGCUUUGACAAGCGGGUGCUAAUAUACGAGCUGUACCAUACAGUGAACCAUUACAACCUGUUUGGGUCUGGAUACCUGGGCCAGUGUGAGCAGCUUCUUGAGCGCAUCUUGGACUAGUAUAUCUGUAGCACACUCCAACGCUGUAUCUCUGCAACUCUACAUGCUCAGAAUUGCCCAUUUGUAUGGUUGAGAAGCGCUUUUAAUAUCGAGAAUCAUAAAACAGGUUC